GCAAACUGGUUGGAUGAAUUUCCUUGGUCAUAUUCGAAAAGUCUACCACUGACUGUCACCACCGGGAAGUCUAAGACACGAAAAGCUGUAUUUGACGCGUUCCAUAAGAUAUGAAAGGGGUGGGGACAUAUUACAACAUGCCGACGCUGGAAGAUAACUUUUCACAACUGACAAGAGAGAAAUAGUUCAGCAAAUUAGAUGUCAAAUCUGGAUAUUGGAAUAUAAAGUUUACGAAAGCGUCACACCGACGUUAUGUUUAACCCAAUCUGUCGUCAUUUCAGAUUUCUAUGGAUGACAGUCGGUCUUAUAUCUGCACAAAACGAGACUGUACGUAAAUCGUUGAUGACAUCAUGGAUUAGGAGCGACAGGUCUUCAAAAUCGUACAACUUAAAGUGAUAAACAUGGACACUGCUGAAAUGCAAACUCGGGUAUCAAUUGUCGCUUUGGACUUGAAAAUCAUGAUUAGAUUGAAACUAGCUCUCGUAUUAAUAUUGUAAUGUACAUUAAUAUAAGGCUUUCUGAGUGUCGGAACAAUACAUCUUUAAAAUCAACAUCAGUAGAAUUAGUAAACCAGAUAAAAGAAUACGUCUUUAAAAUUAAUAUAUUUAUAGCUAUUGCUAAGAGUAAAAAUAGUAAACGAGAGGAAUGAGCCUUUAGUACAGAUGUAGAAAUGGUGAACAUGAAAGAGGAAAACAUUUUUAAGAUAGGAUAUAUAAUUUUCAGGCAGACCAGCCAUUUAUUGAAAUAUAAUGAGCGAUGAGACCAGCAGACGGGAAUUGAUGUGAUGUAAAUAACAGUAGAGUAAUAGUAAAACGAGUUACUACAGAGGGAGCGCUUGUUGAUUGUAUAAUAUCAAUUAUAAGUGAAAAUGGGUCUUAUUGGCUCCAAUUAUUCAUAAAUGUGAAUGUAUACUCUGCAAGAAACGGUUGAAAAACAUUGUAUACUGCCAGUUAAGGAAACACGCCCCACGAGACAGAUUUACCUGAACAGUUUGCGCUGAACUCGGCCAGCCCAACAAUCCCAUCAGGUUGAAAGAUGAUAACAAGAUCUGUUUGAUUUGAUUUCAUUAUUGGUGAUAAGACGAUGUAACAGUGGUCUGUGUGAAGGAUCAAUAUAAUAGCUGUCAAUAUUCACUACCAGUCAUUAUCACUUGUCUAUAUCGCACAAUCUACAUCUAAUACACAGAUUACUACAAUGAUCUCAUCAAUAGAUAUAGACACAUCGGGCAUCGAUGCAGCUAAUGUUUAGAAAUUAGUCAUGUGGAGAGCCGAGUAAUGACAUGACAUUACUUACAAUCUACUUACUGAAAGAGCGUAUCAAGAAAUAUUGUGCAAUCGGCAUCUAAAGAAAAAAAGCAAUCAAGUUUCGGAAUAAUCUUAAAGCAAGCGUUGUAUGUUCGUCUCACUGAACAAAAUUUAUUAAAAUUUAAAGACAAGUGUUUCAUGGAAAUUAUUCAUGUGCAUAGCCAGUUAGGAUACAAUUGUCUGCAUGCGAUUAAUGCAUUCGGCAUCUAAAGAUUUUAUUUGAAAUUAUUCAUCAAAAUAACUCAUAGGAACCGUUUUGCAUUCAUCAUCUGUUGGAAGUUGUCAAUUAGGAUAAUGACUGGAGCUCACCUAUAACAGCCCUUAUGAUCUGUUUUUAAUUGACGGACGUCAUCUGAGUGCACACUUGACGCAGAUCAGGCUCUAGAUUCUGUUGGUUUUUUUUUUGUUAUUGAUCUUUCUGUUUACCUGUGUGUGGUGUAUUUAUCAAGGAUAAACCGACGUUAUUUUGUACUAUAAAGCAAUUUGUUUUCUGGCAGCGAUCACGUUUGUUGGAAUAUUACAUAUGAGCUAUAAAUAUGUGGGGUUUACGAUUUUUGAUAUUCAACGUCGCUUGUUGUUCCAUAAGUAACGGUAUAUUCAGUGACACUGGACAAUGUUCCUACUCCUUCAACGUCUGGCAUCCAGACCAGGAUAUUCUAAGACAAAUGAAAGAAUUAAAGUUUGCUUAUGAUAAUUUUACAUCCUAUACAAGUCUACAGAUAUCCCAGGCGGAGAAUGAAGUUCUUCAAGAAAUGAGGAAAUAUCAGAAUUGGAGCGCUAAUCUCGAGAAAGAAGUUUUAGAGAUGAAGGUAGACACUAUGAAAGGCAAACUGGAACACGGCAGCCUUCUUACACAGGUAACCAACAUGAGAAGACAAGUGGAUGCCCUUGGUGCUGACCUGGAUGAAUUAGAGAUGAAUUAUUACAACAUUCGCACCAGAAUUAAAGAUGCGAUUCCUCCUAAAUAUGAUGGUGAAAAUUAUAUGGGUAAAGAUUUAGCUCAACUUCUGAAGAAUACGGUUGGAAAUUUGAAGGCAGAAUGGCUUCUUAUGAAACGUGAACUUCAACAGAUUCGAACAGAUAAUACACAGCUUAAAAACAUCCAGAAUGUCGUCAAAAACGACACGUCAUCACUGCGACAAAUGAUUCGAUCAGUCACUGGUGAAGUUCAAGCUAUGGAAGGUCAGGUAAAAUCGAGUGAAAUCUCGCGACUGGAGACAAGAUUGACCAGUAUCAAAAACGAUUUUCUGCGAAUAAAAGAUUCGCAAAAUGACUUGAAACACGAAACCAGCCAAUUUCGUAAUGAAUUAACAACUGUGCAGGGCAGUAUAAUACGACUUCAAAAAGACAUGCACGAGCUUCAGAUUGAUAAUACACAAAUGAAAGAAAAGAUGGCGAUCAGAGUUACGACUAGAGAAAGAACAGGUCGAGAAGAAAGACAGAGAGGUGAAAGUCUAAGCCACAUUUUACCCAGAAGACACGAAACAGCUAGAGAUUGUCAUGAGCUAUAUAUGGCAGGGUUUACAGUUAGUGGUGUUUACUCUAUUAAACCCGAUGGAACACAUUUUAUGGAUUCGGUUUAUUGUGAAAUGGUAAAUAGAACGGGGUAUACUGUACUACAGAGACGUGUUGAUGGUUUAUUGAACUUUAAUAGAAGGUGGUUAGAAUAUAGAUAUGGUUUCGGUAAUCCGUACGCCGAGUUCUGGAUAGGAAAUGACAAGAUGCAUGCUCUGACCACCCAAAAACAAUACGUACUACGGGUUGAUAUCUGGGAUUGGGAAGGAAACAAAGCCUAUGCUGAAUAUAACUCUUUCUCGGUAGAAGAUGCAGAGCAGCAGUUUCGUCUCCACAUUGGUGGUUACUAUGGUGAUGCUGGUGAUUCGUUUAGUUACCAUGACAACAUGGUAUUCAGCACCGAAGAUGUAGAUAACGAUCUUCAUACUAGGAAUUGUGCUGCUGAGAAUAAAGGUGGUUGGUGGUUUAACAGUUGUUACUCCUGUCAUCUGAAUGGUAUUUACCACACUGCCUGGUAUCCACAGGCACAAUCCAAAUACGCUGACGGUAUUUCAUGGUACACAUGGAAAGAGAGCGAAUUUUAUUCUCUUAAGAAAGUGGAGAUGAAAAUUCGACCUAAAACUCCUUGAUAUUAUUUAGUUACUAUUUAAAAUUGACAAAUAAGUUACUAGUUUUUACAAUUUAAUCCCAAGACGACACAGGAAGCAGUGGCAUCGGCAACAGAAUGCUAGGUCACAAUUAACGAAUAACACACAGUACAAAACACAAACAUUGUUUUACAGUGUCAACAUAAUCUACUGCUAAACUAUUUUUGUUAACAUUCUGUUAGAUAAAUUGAUAGUAGCAGUGUAGCGGGUUAGUCAACUAGGAAGAGCACUCGACGUUUUAUGUUUUUUUUACACUAUCCACUUGAUUUCAUUGACACUUGCUUUUUGCUUACUAUUUUGCCUACGGUAUUGUGUUUGUAACCUGCAAUUGAAGCCAGUGUCUUCAUUUGCGAUAAAAAAAAGGCCCAAUCGGUCCUUGUCAGGAGUGAAAUGAAAACACUAAAUGUCGAAUUAAAUAGAAUUCGGCAUUAGCACUGACUUCUCUGUUGUUCCAGUGUAGUUAUUUGCUCCCGAAUGUGAUUACCGUGCUUAUAUGAAUACGAACGUAAUAGACUUUUGGCAUAAUACUUAGCCUCACAUUAAUGUUAUUUUCAAAGAGAUUUUCCAUGUUAUACACCUAUGGCUGCUUUGUAAUGGUCAACUAAAUAAUGUAUUUGUAUAUGUAGCUGUGUUAUAACCUGUUGUUUUAAGUUUACAGUGUAUUGUGUAUUUUUGUAGAAAACUUUCUAGAUAUCGAUCCAAAUAACAAUUAAAGGCAUCAUAUCUGUAAAUUGCAUUUGAUGAGAUACAUUUAGCAUUUUUUCCGUUUCAAUAACUUCCACCACGUCACUGUUUUGACAUUUGGAUGUCAUUUAAUGUUUUGUUGUCAUGUAAAACAAUAAUCACUAUGUUUCUAAUUAAUUAA